AUGCGUGUCAUCCAGGACUCCGACGAUGAACUCGAAGACGACCUCGAAGCCGAUCUGCUGCCAUCUAAAGAAGCAGGCGCGUCCUCGAUGCAGCUCACCAACGAUGCGACCCUGCAACCGGGUACGGGAUCCACCGAUUCACUCAAGCGAGCAAUUGAGACGGCUCACCGUACCCACCUCCAAUCACAGUCGUUAGACUCGAACUUGCCUGUUGGCAAUGAGCCGCCUUCCUCGCUGUCUCUCCCAGAACAUAGAAACAAGAGACAAAGGACAUCCACCGAUGUUUCUCCGCGUAGAUCACCUUCCGCAGCUUCAAUCAAGAAUGGAUCAAUUACGUAUGAGAAAAGGUCUCAGACUGUUUUCAGCAGCCCUGCAAUGGUCCCCGUAGAGGAUCAAUUCCAAACUGGCAAAAGUUCAGGAAUCCACAGAGAAGGGCUUUGGGGUUUAGAGGGCACUAUGCGCAACGACUACGCUCAACAUGACCCGAUGAUGUUUCCAGAUCCUUCGAGCACAGUACCAAAUGCCACUUUCACCCAACAACGUAUGUUGGAAGCGGUUGCUGCCCCGGCUUUGCUUGGUAUCGACGCUGAACCUGGCACUCCUUACCAACCAGAGCCUUCAAUACCCUGGUCAGAUUAUCUCAAGUUAUCGCCCGGGGAUGGUGGAGAGCAACCCGAGUCGUCCAACCAAGGGGAGUCCACUUCGCAAUUAGCACCAGCAUUGACACCAGCCACCCUUAUACAGACUCCACGAAAAAUCCCUGAAGUUUCCACAUCCCAACGAAGCCGUCGAGGUUCGUCUGUCCUGUUACGAGGUAGUCCUCUCAAAAACGAAAUUCGGAACAGCGAUGGCCUCAUAAAAGUGGACGCGCCACCAUCUGAAGUCACUCUCAGUGACCGAUCAAAUGUGCCUCCCACCGGGUCCACAAAAUCACAUGGAAGUGUGCAAGACGGAAGUCAGCAACCACCUCGCCAGCGGAAAAGCCAAGUCAGCUCACUGCCAAUUCCCGAUGAUGACGCAGCUGCCAUUGGCCUGCCGGAAGAACAAUACAAACCACGUCCAAGUCGCUCGAGAUCACUCAAAGUCAAUGCUCAAGAGCCAAUCGAUUAUUCGGUUAAGCCCGAGAAAGCUACCAGAGCCAGACGGCGGAAAACGACAAAUGAGGCUGGUAGCAUGGAAAUACAGGCGACACCUCAGAAGGUUCAGCAAAUAUGUGAUAUGGGCUUUUCGCCUACGACGACUAAGAGAGCCUUGAAGCAAAACAACGGCGACAUUACACAAACCAUAGAAUGGCUUGUCACGAAUCGCAUCGACCACGAUGAGCUCGCACCGCAAAACUCUCCAAAGAGCAAAAGCAAAUCGAAAGGAAAGAACCCACCCCCGGUGACGCAGCCCGAAUCUGUUUCACACGCAACUUUUGUCCAAGAUGAAGAGUCAAAAAUAUUCCACCCAGAAGAAGUGGCAAAGAACAUUCCAUCCGAAUCAGAUAUUGAACACAACAGAGUUGGCUCGGUCUUCAAUGCGGAAGGGACUCCCGAUGCAGCUCAAUCCAAAAGUCCGAAGGUCCAGGUUGUCAUAGCAAAGAAAUCGCCAAAGAUCAGCUCGCCACAACGGUCAAGCUUGGUGGAUGCUCCUAACAAGAAGCCAAAACGCAGAAAGACUACCUUGGAUCAGCCUGAAUCUACUCCAGAAGAACCUAUCGCGCCCAAGGCAACGACAGAAAAGAAGAAGGGUCGAGGUCGUCCAAAGAAGGCAGCAAAAUCUGCUAUAUCGACCGAAUUCGUACAAGAAGAGCAGGAAGAGGUCAUGCAGAAGAAGCAACAAGCUUCAGUUCUACAAUCCAUCGAACCCAAUACUAAUCCCCCCAAAAGGAAGUCUGAUGUUGAUCCAAGUGUUGUUCAAACCUUGAAUGACGAGCGGAUACCCGAGCGUCCCGAAGUUGAACCACUCACUCCGCCACCGGCGCUCAAGGUGAUCUCGGGGCCUGUGGUCUCGGGCACUCCGGAUAAAUCAACGAAACCAGCGAGCCGUUCGCCAGUCAACAAGGGGAAAGUGCCGCAUCGGGUAGGGCUGAGCAAACGGGCGAGGAUAGCGCCACUGUUACGCAUACUGAAGAAGUAA